AUGCGUCUCGUUGUAGGUACUAUGGAUCGUGGAAAGGAAGUUGUCGAUGGUGGGGUGUCAGUUGAGGUCUGGAACCAACGACCCCACUCAACCUCUUUUGAACGGGAUGAAGAAGACGAGGAUGUGGAAUCCGAGGUGGAGCCCAAAGAAGAUCCUGAGGAGAAGCCCGAAGAAGACCCUGAUGAGGAACUUGAAGAAGACCCCGAGGAGGAACCCGAGGGAAAUCACGUGGAGUACCAUGUGGAACAAAGAUACGAAACGUUCCAUAUGCCCUAUGUGGAGUACACGCCAACUAGUCUUGGUACCUAUUGGGAGUGA